AUGUCUCUGCAGCAGCUGCUGCUGCAGAGCACCCUGCCGAGUGCCCCCUCCACCACACGGGCGGUUCCCACCCCUCUCUCUGCCUUUGGUGACGCCCUUGCGUACGGCAGCGGAAACCGUGUGGUGGUUCGCGAAGUGCGUGAGCCGGGGGCUGUGAUCCUCGGCGGGAGACACACGUCCCCGGUUACGGCGGUGCGAAUCAGCCCGUCUGGGAAGUUGGUGGCAUCUGGGGACCAGAACGGAAACGUUCUGGUGUGGGCCCGCCAGCCCGACUCCCGGGAGGUGCUGAACACGAAGCAGCUGCAAGGCCCCGUGCGGGACAUUGCGUGGACGCACGACGAGGAGAGGGUGGUGCUGGUGGGCGAUGGGAAAAGCCACUUUGCGACCGUACUCAGCCUCACAGGUAACACGAUUGGGACCAUCAACGGUCACACGCAAAACAUUGUCUCUUGUGACAUGCGUGGAGAACGUCCCUACCGCAUUGUGACAGGAGGCGCCGACGCCCUUGUGGGGUUUUAUGAAGGUGUCCCCUUUAAGUUCAAGUGCAAUGUGCAGGGUCAUAAGGACAAGGUGACCUGUGUGCGGUACAGUCCGGACAUGGAGACGAUCGCAACAGUUUCGAGGUCGCCUGAGAUCGUCCUUCUUGAUGGUAAGACGGCAGAACUAAAGGGAUCUAUUGCAACGGGGCACACGGGUACAAUCUACUCUGUUGCAUGGAGCCCGGACGGAAGUAAACUUGCUACAGCCAGUGCUGACAAGAGCGUCAAAAUUUUUGACGUCGCCACUGGCGUGAUGAUAAGCUCUUGCGUCUUUGGAGCCGAUGUCAUGAGUAUGCAACAGGGAGUAGCGUAUACCCCACAGGGUGUAUUCUCGAUAUCCCUUGGUGGCGAACUGGCAUUAAUUGGCGAAGACGGGAAGAUCAAAGGUGCGUUAUUGGGCCACCAGGGACGCAUACUGCUUUUGCAUUUGCUUUCGAAUGGAACCAUAGUUUCUGUCGGCGUUGAUCGGGCUCUGAUGUGGAGAAAUACCAAUAAUUCUCUCUCAAACGCGCGCAAAGUAGCUAUCGCUUCUAAUGUCAUCACUGCCGCGGCCUGUUGUGGGGACUAUUUGUAUCUGGUGUCUGGUGCCGACCUGCUGCGCUGUGCCUUGCCCGACACCGAACCGACCCUUCUCUCAAGAGAAGCGGCGAACGUUACCGCACUGGCCAUCACGGAAGAUAAACAUGCGGUGCUGCUGUCAAAAAAUGGAUUUGUUGUUCUUGAUGCAUCUGGGCGCAAGGUUGCGGAGGAGAAACUGGACAAGUUUGACGGCACCAGCGCGGCGUCCCACGGUGACAUGGUCGUGCUGGGCGGUGAUGCUUUGGUGAAGGGAUAUCGGGUCAAGGCAGGUGAAUCGCCGGAGGCGGGCGUGCAGUUUGCUGGGCACCAUGCAGGUGUGGUUGCCUGCGUGGCCUUCGCAAAGGACGGACAGCGUGUUGCCUCGGGGGAUGCCACGAGAAACAUUUUUGUCUGGUCGCCCGUUGAUGGCAGUGUGCUUUAUCGGGACCUGGUGUUUCACACCCUGCGUGUGACGUCACUGGCCUUCGCGCCCCACAGCAGCGCACGGCUCCUUUCCGGCAGCAUGGACGCCUCGCUUAUCGUGUGGGACCUCGACAAGAGGACGCGCAAAACAGAGGACGCGGCGCAUUGCGGCGGUGUGUCGGCCGUGGCGUGGACGGUGGAUGGGACGCUGCUUUCGGGCGGGGCUGACUUUUGUCUGCGCCAGUGGAACCUUCCGACUUGA